UCGUUUGAUACAGUUUUGUGUCCAACGGUAUAGUCAAAAUACGGUAACGCUAACAAAUACCAUGGCGCACCGGCUUCGCUUUUCUCCUAGUAGUCUCCACAACGUUCCACUCCUUGUGGUGUGCAUAUUUGUUCUUAUCGAUAUCCCGCAAACUUCGGCAGACGAUGUUGUGGAUGAAAAAUUUAUCAGAAAUUUGAGCAGUUUAUAUAUGGCCUGCAACAGUCCGUGCGAUCCGGAUGUGCUGGCACUAAAGCUGUCGGCCUAUCUACGAUUUAUGAAUUCUAAACGUAGCGCUUUUCUAGAAGAUGAACGGAACAAAUUCGCCGAAGAGGCCCCCUGGUAUUUGGGCAAGCGUAGUGCUCGCUCAUCGUCAACAUCAUCAUCAUCAUCAUCCGGCCUAUCGUCCUUCAUUGACUAUCCCACCAGCUAUGGAUGGAGAGUGGGAAAACGCACCGGCCUACCCGAGUGGGGGGAUGCCGGUACGGUCCUCACUGAUGGUGAGUCAGAUGAUGAUGUCGUCACUGUGCCCAGAAUCGCAGGAAGCGGCACUUAUAGUCGGGCGGUGUUCGGUCCGGCAGCCAUUUGGCUAAUGCAGCCCCGGGCACUUCGCGCGGAAAAAUGGCGCUCUCUAAUGAAUCAGCCAUGGUAAUGCUGUUUUCCCCGUUGGACAAUGAAAGAGAUGUACGCGGCUGACUGGCCGGUAUAUGCUGGGAAAUAUUGAUACACAGGAUUCCGGGAAUGACGCCAAAACCACCUGUCAAUUCACACAGCGGACACCAAGAGAACACAGCCAUUGACCUUUCGGUUUUUCCAUAUUUGAUCAUAACUGCGUCUUAUAGUACGCAAAUGUUUGUACCCUAUACCUGUACAGUUUUUUACAACUGUACAGUAGUUUUAACAUUUACUUCUACACAAAACAGUGUAUACAGUUCUUGCUAGAAGCACUUGUUUAACAUUUGAGCUUGUACUAAUCCGAUUAUAUAUAUAUUCCGCAUUGUACCAAUGCGUACGUUGCACUGUACUUUUAUAAGAAGCGCGUUAUAUUUGCAUUUUCUUUUAAAAAUGUUGUUUACCAACCAAAAUAAAGCUUCCU